UAGUGCACUGAAUACAAGCAAAGAGAGCAUCAUAGCAGUUACUACUACUUACUUGCGGUGUUGCGGUCAUCAGUGCUUCUCGCUAGCAACUCAACGAGCCCCACGGUCGACGGUGAAUCACAGCCGGACGGUGAACGGUGAAUAUCGUUGUCGAGACAGCUUCUUUGGUUUCAAUUUACUUGCCACGGACACGACGAUCGAUACGCCGAACUCGCGGCCACGCUCCAGCUAUGCGCCUGUUCCGGCCAAUGUUUAUGGUCGUUGUUCACGUCGGCUGACAGCUGUCAAUCCCUUGUUCGAGUCAUCAGUGAGUCAUCGAAUCGGCAGCCGAGGACCACCUCAGGUGAUCCCUCGAUUAUCUCGGUUACGGAUUUCACUACCUGCGCACGUUGUGUCUUCCUGUUCUUUUUAUUCUUUCUUUCUUUUUUCUUUUUUUUUUUGCGUUUUUUCGUUUCUCUCCUCGUAAUUUCGUUUUUCAAAGAUGCUGUCCUCUCGACUUCUUCUCCUCUCCCUUUUUCUCAGACGAGAAUCCCACGAGACAGUAGCAUAGAUUGAGUGCUAUUAAACUUCACGGACACCCGCACGGAACGAGACCAAGCCCUCCCGCAGAUACCGCGCACGUCGCAACCUACCCUUUGUUCAGAUGUCCAGGUAUUUUUUCGAUAUCACCGGCAUGGCGUCUAGUUCCGUCAGCCAGGAAGACUUCGACAACGAUUUUGAGUUGACGUCCAGAAGAUCUAGGAUCAGGACUGCUAGGGCCAGGGUGGGCCCGGCGAGGACAGGAGAUGCGUCUUCCAUAAGCUUUCAAAAAAAUACACCUGAUGUGGAGGAAUCACAAGGCGCUUACGAUACAAACCCCGUGCUUCUGCCCGAACAUGAAAACCCACAAAGCAAACUCAUAAUAAGGAAACAGGAUAAACGUGUGACCGGCCGUGUCUUUAGUGUCGUAUCCUGUUUGCACAGGCCAACGCAUAUAAACAAGGGGAAGCAGCAACGUGAUCGACGGAAACUGCGAGAAAAACGGCGUAGCACAGGGGUCGUACAUUUACCGUCGACAGAGAGCACUGGAGGUAGUACGGGGGAAGACGAGGAGGAGCUUAGCGGCACUUGCCUUGAAACUAAGCACAACACGCAUCACAAUGAAUUUCUUGAUCACGAAUUAAUAGAAGAGCGGAAUGCCAGAAUAUAUACACAAAGGCGAAACAAAAGUCAUUCUGAUUUGGAGGCCGACGAUGAAGAGUUCGAUUCUCUUAAUCAAUCCGACAGCAUUAAUCAAUCGGAUCAUGGCAAUCAUGAACCACAGACGUCUGUCAAUACGACUGUUAGACCGCGAUUACCAACGCCAACAGGCGACAACCCGCACGAAUUGAUUGAACGAGCGCAAGAGGAAAACAGAAGGCUGCUGUCUCUUCUGGAAGAUCGGGACCAUAAAAUAAUGGCGCUCGAGGCUCGUCUUUUAAAGCAACAGCAUGAGUUGACUCUAGAACGAGAUCGACUUCGCGAGGAAAAUGCUACGUUGAUUCGCGCAAUGGCAGCAUUAGCCAGUAACUAAUCCUCUUCGUAGUAAAGAUCACGCCUUUUUGGCUCUUUGCUCUUUACGAUAAUCGCCGAGCUGCAGGAUGAGCCAUAAGUCGCGCACCUUGCUGAUCCCUUUAUUAUUAUUCCUAGUUAUUUUUGUUUUAUUUGCAAAAACGAUUUUCUUAUCCUACGGAAAUUUAAUUUUUGCAUCGUAUCCCAAUUCUUGAUUGUUAGCA